UGUAUAUAAUUUGCCGCGACGACAGCGCAACGUUUCAUUCAUUUGUGAAGUAGACAGUGUGAACUUGUGAGUUGUGUUGUGAGUGGAUAUUUUUAGACUUUCAUCUAGUUAUUAGUGGAUUUCUAAUUAAAACAGCAAUUGUUAAAUCAUUAAAAUGGGUAAGGAUUAUUACAAAAUCUUAGGAAUUUCCAAAGGCGCGACAGACGACGAAAUCAAAAAGGCAUAUCGGAAAUUAGCAUUGAAAUAUCAUCCAGAUAAAAAUAAAGCAGCCGGAGCCGAGGAGAGAUUCAAGGAAGUUGCAGAAGCAUACGAAGUGCUAUCGGAUAAGAAGAAACGAGAGAUCUACGAUGCUCACGGGGAGGAAGGACUCAAGGGUGGAAUGGGUGGACAUAACGGACCGGGAGGUGGCCAGUCAUACUCUUACACUUUCCACGGAGACCCAAGAGCGACCUUUGCACAGUUUUUCGGUUCAGCUAGUCCAUUCCAGACAUUCUUUGAUCUGAAUGGAUCCGGCGGAGGCACCACAAUGUUCUUCGACAGAGACAUGGACGUUGAUAUGGACCCAUUCGCGAACAUGGGCAUGGGCCAAUCGAGGCCCGGCGGCCCCGGCGGAGCAUUUAGAAGUCAAAGCUUUAAUUUCCACGGAUCACCGAAUAGGAAGGAAAAGACACAAGAUCCCCCGAUAGAACACGAUCUAUACGUGUCUCUAGAGGACAUCGCCCGCGGCUGCGUCAAGAAAAUGAAGAUUUCCCGUCGUGUCAUUCAACCAGAUGGUACAUCGAAGAAGGAAGACAAGGUGUUGACCAUCCAUGUGAAGCCUGGUUGGAAGGCGGGUACGAAGAUCACGUUCCAGAAAGAGGGCGACCAAGGCAGGAAUAAGAUCCCCGCUGACAUUGUCUUUAUCAUCAGAGACAAGCCUAAUCCUAUGUUCAAGCGAGAAGGCAGUGACAUCAGAUACACGGCCAAGAUAUCACUGAAACAGGCUCUCUGCGGAACGAUACUUGAAGUGCCAACGAUGUCUGGAGAGAAACUGACUGUCAACCUUCAGGGUGAAGUGGUGAAGCCAUACACAGUGAAACGGUUCCCAGGUUAUGGACUACCAUUCCCUAAAGAACCUACGAGGAAAGGUGACCUGCUUGUCGCUUUUGACAUCAAAUUCCCCGACCGUUUAAGCUCUGGAGUCAAGGAAAUCCUCAUGGACACACUACCAAAUUAAGACUAUUGAGGACUUCGAAAUCUCAUUACGACCUAGGAGUAUGUUGCCCUUUAGAUAAUCGGGACUGCACUUGAAUGCUCAAAUGUUACAAUGAGACAUUCCAUCUAGGUUAUCAAUAUAGGGGCUUAUUUGUUUAAAACAGGAAGAAGUUUGGGACUUCAGUGAACUAUAUUCAGGUAAUGAGCAUACUCACUAAAUGCUCAUUGAUGUGUUAAAUUACUCGACUAUUGAUAUAUACAAAAUAAAUGUCACGAGUUGUAUUGUCCUUGAGAUGAGAUAAAAUUUAUUUAUUGACAUAUUCUGUCUGAUAAUUAUAGUUAACAGAUAUUAGCUAAUCUUGUGUGUCUGGAUUUUUUCAUGCGUUUUAGUAUGAAAAAUUAGAAUGGUUGUGAAAGUUUUUGAUUGUAUUAUUAUUAUUUAAUUUUUGUAAGGUGUAAAUAAUUGAAUUGUAAAUAUUUUGAUUAGAGAGCAGUGAUUGUAAGUUUUAGGUUACGAAGCUUUCACUGAAAUAACUGGUUAUUAAAUUUUAAAUUUCAACUUUCAAAUGUAUCAUGUAGCUUAGUAAUAAAUGUCAAAGUAAUUUGUAAUCAUGUAAUAGUUUAAUUGAAAAAAAAACUUAUUACUUAUAAUUACUGUUGAAAAAUGGUAAUAAAAGAAUUGAAUUACUGUAA